AUGAUAGCGCGUAUGGCAGCGGAGGUGGCGGUGUGGAUGGGGCUUGCGGGCGUGCUGGCGGGGCUGUUGGCGUGGAGGGUGCAGAAGGGCUUCGACGACAAUCGCAAGGCGGAGCUCGACACCUGGUGCGCCGGUCGCGCGCGCCCGCUGCAGCAGCAGUUCAUAUUCACGUCCGACCACUUUAAGGUAGCAGACGGUCGACACGCGGUAGAUCGACGACCAUCUGGCACGUGUAGUACUACUAGUAGGCGAAAGGCGGUGGAGGGGUUGGUGAUGGUGUUUGGGAGGAUACAAAAGGACCCAUGGGGGGCGCACAACAACUUGACUCAGCGGCUCUUUGCCAACUACAUUCUCCGCACGCAGGCCGCCCGCCCCUGGGUGCACGCCAUUGCCUACGGAGCCUUUGUUAACGGCUCUGACAGGGCAGUUUUUGAGCGGCGAAUGGGGUGCACACCGGGGGACAUGCAGGAGAGGCCUGCCCCACCCGCAGACUGGUACAUGGACAUGCGCUUCUGGUUCGACGAGCAGGGCCCCUUCCCCUUGGUUGAGAACAGCACGACUUGCUCCGAUGGCCACCUGCACCCGUCGUACGGGCCGGAGCUGACGCGCAUGAAGAUCACGGGUGCAGCCAUCCUCACCACGCCCUAUUUUCUAAACAAUGGCCAUCCCGGCAUGGGUGAGCGAGCGGGUGCAGAGGCGUAUGAUUGA